CGCGACGGGACCUGAGCCGAAGGACGGGAACCUCACGCCUCGAGUUCCCGAAUCAUCCCGACUUCACUCUCUCUCUUCCCCUGGGAUCCAGAACCUCCACCCUUCUUCUAGGCUCGCUGGCUCGUGGCCAAGGAGCUCGCGCGCCGCCUCCGCCCCGAGCGCAAACAGCUGUUCCCCGAGACGUCGCCGCCCUCAACUUUGCCAACUAGUCCGCACGCCCUUUGACCAGUGGAGCAACCCGGACCUGUAGGCUGGGGGCCGUUGGCGGAGUUAAAAAAAGAAAGGUGAAACAGCUGGUUUCGGGGCCGCGAGUUGCUGGGCUUUGCCUCAGAACUUUCCGGAGGCGGCGGAGUGGCCCCGCCCCGCCCCCGCGACGCCCGCGCGCACGGGCUGUGCUAGUUUCUUCGCUCCGAGAGCGCGUGGGCAGCGGCGGCGGCGGCGGCUCCAGCGGCGCAAAGGCGACAGCGGGGAGCGGCGGCGCGGGCAAGUGGAGCAGAGGCAGCGGUAGCGGUAGCGCCUGCGUCUGUCAGGCCAAGAAGUUCUAAAGAAGAAAAAUUUCAGAAAAAUUGCCUCUGUUUGAGUGGAAUAUCAGUGAACCAAGGAAACCUGUAGUGCCGUCCUGAAAGAAAACCUGGUCUACAGUAACUUAACAGACUUAGCUGAGGGUUUUUUACCCAAAUUGGUCACUGGAUUCUGCUGCCUCAUACUUGAACCUGCUUGGAAUUUUUCUCAUGUGGAUCUAAGGGGAAUGUUUUAUUAUGGCUGCUGUUGUCCAACAGAACGACCUAGUGUUUGAAUUUGCUAGUAACGUCAUGGAGGAUGAACAACAGCUUGGUGAUCCAGCUAUUUUUCCUGCUGUAAUUGUGGAACAUGUUCCUGGUGCUGAUAUUCUCAAUAGUUAUGCGGGUCUAGCCUGUGUGGAAGAGCCCAAUGACAUGAUUACUGAGAGCUCCCUGGAUGUUGCCGAGGAAGAAAUCAUAGAUGAAGAUGACGAUGACAUCACGCUCACAGUUGAAGCCUCCUGUCAUAAUGGGGAUGAGACGAUUGAAACAAUCGAGGCUGCUGAGGCGCUCCUCAAUAUGGAUUCUCCUGGCCCUAUGUUGGAUGAAAAACGAAUAAAUAAUAAUAUAUUUAGUUCAUCUGAAGAUGACAUUGUUGUUGCCCCAAUCACCCAUGUAUCCGUCACAUUAGAUGGGAUUCCUGAAGUGGUGGAAACUCAGCAGGUUCAAGAGACCUAUGCACACUCACCAGGAACAUCGUCACCAGAACAACCUAAGAGAAAGAAAGGGAGAAAAACAAAACCUCCACGACCAGAUUCCCCAGCCACUACGCCGAACAUAUCUGUGAAGAAGAAAAAUAAAGAUGGUAAGGGAAACACAAUUUAUCUUUGGGAGUUUUUACUGGCACUGCUCCAGGACAAAGCUACUUGUCCUAAAUAUAUCAAAUGGACCCAGCGAGAAAAAGGCAUUUUUAAACUGGUAGAUUCCAAAGCAGUAUCCAGGUUGUGGGGAAAGCACAAAAACAAACCUGACAUGAAUUACGAGACCAUGGGAAGAGCUCUCAGGUACUAUUACCAAAGGGGUAUUCUGGCAAAAGUAGAAGGUCAGCGCUUGGUGUAUCAGUUCAAGGAAAUGCCAAAAGAUCUUAUUUAUAUAGAUGAUGAGGAUCCAGGUUCCAGCUUAGAGUCUUCAGAUCCAUCACUGUCUUCAACAACUACUUCAAGUAGGAGCCAAGCAAGCAGAUCGAGAGUAUCCUCAAGUCCAGGGAUAAAAGGAGGAGCCACUACAGUUCUAAAGCCGGGAAAUUCUAAAGCUACAAAACCCAAAGAUCCUGCAGAAGCUGCACAGCCAUCAGAAGUUCUGAGGACAGUGCAGCCCACACAGUCUCCAUAUCCUACCCAGCUCUUCCGGACUAUUCAUGUAGUACAGCCAGUACAAGCUGUCCCAGAAGGAGAAGCAACCGUAACCAGUAGCAUGCAGGAUGAAACAUUAAAUUCUUCCGUUCAGAGUAUUAGGACUAUACAGGCUCCAACCCAAGUUCCAGUGGUUGUGUCUCCUGGGAAUCAGCAUUUGCAUACAGUAACACUCCAGACAGUGCCAAUCACAACAGUGAUAGCCAGCACAGAUCCAUCAUCAGGUGCUGGAUCUCAGAAAUUUAUUUUACAAGCCAUUCCAUCCUCACAGCCCAUGACAGUACUGAAAGAAAAUGUCAUGCUGCAGUCACAGAAGCCAGGCUCCCCUCCUUCGAUUGUCUUGAGCCCUGCCCAUGUACAGCAGGUACUUACUAGCAAUGUUCAAUCCAUUUGCAACGGAACCGUCAGUAUGGCUUCAUCUCCGUCCUUCAGUGCUACUACUCCUGUGGUGACCUUUUCUCCUCGAAGUUCACAACUUGUUGCUCACCCACCUGGCACUGUAAUCACUUCGGUUAUCAAAGCUCAAGAAACAAAAACUCUUAUACAGGAAGUAGAGAAAAAGGAAGUUGAAGAUCAUUUGAAAGAAGACAUUGAGAAGACUGAGCAACAGCCACAGCCUUAUGUGAUGGUGGUAUCCAAUUCCAAUGGAUUUGCCUCUCAGGUAGCUGUGAAACAAAAUGAAUUGCUGGAACCCAACUCUUUUUAAUUAAUAUACCAAAGGAAUUAUGGAUGAUUGUUUUUUAAUUGAACAUUUCCAGUUGUAUUCAGACUGAUUCUAAGAUAAAUUCUACAGAUGUUCCUAAUUUUGUAGUUAAUUGUUAAAAAUAUUAAUUUAGAGUUAAUUUUGACUUUGUUAGAUGAGGGAGGGUACCCAAGUGUUUCUCUUUGUUGUGCAAAUGUUUCAGAAUUCAAUUGUGAAGGAACAGGCAUUUUAUACUAUGAAGACAUUCUUUUCAGAUUUUUUUCAGUUGCUAUACCAUAAGCAUUUUUUAAGUUUCUUUUUUAAUUUUACAUGGUAUUAGUUUUUCUGAUUCUUUUGUAAAUACAGUACUUAAAUACAAGGCAACAGGAGAUUUAUAUAGGAACCAUUUUCAUUCCACUUGCGUAACUUAAAGUCUUGACCCUUUCAAAUGCAAGACACCUAUUUUAUACUUUGUUAAAAUUAUGAUUUCAGUUAGAUUGACUUUAUAAGGAACUAUGUAUAAGUUGGUUGCACUGUAUAAGGAACUAUGAAGAUAUAGAAAACAACAUUAAAAAUUGAAAGUUGCCCAUGAUACAGCUGAACCUGUUUCAGAAGCAGGAUAGUAUAAAAGCGUCAGCCUAAGAGUGGCUUUUCUGCUAAUUAGUUGUGUGAUGUUGGGCAAAGCCACUGGAUCUUUUGGGGCCUCAGUUCUCCCAUAAAAGGAAGGGAUAUGUUGGAUUAGAUGAGAUGAUCUUCAGGCUCCUUUCUGGUUCUAAAUUUAAUGAUUCUAGCUCCUAUAUUUUAAAGUUAUAUCAACUAAAACAUUAUCAGCUUAUUUCUUAAUGUAAAUAUGGCUAACAUAUUGCAGAAAAAUAACUGGCCCUACAACCUACAAAAUUCAUUCUUCUGUUAUCUGUAAGAUCUGCUAUGAAUCUGAAUUCUUCCUAAAUACUGUGUUCAUUAACUUUUUAGGCCACUGUGUACCGUGGCCCAUCAGUAAACUUACAUUGCUGAGUGCUAAAUGAUGUACUGCCAUUCUGAAAGAGUCAAGGCUCUUUCUUAAGGGCCCAGAAAGCAACCACACCUUGGGCUCAUCUGGCUGAGUAGUCAGUUGCUAUAAAAGCAUAAUUGCUUUAUAUUUUGGAUCAUUUUUUUAUUGGGAGUUGGGGGGGUUGCGUACAAAGAUAAUAUACAUAUAUAUCUGAGUCUCGGAAAUGAAAUAGUUUUUAGAUUACUUUUCAACUGUAAAUAAUGUACAUUUAAUUUCACAAGAAAAAUUGUUUUCUGCAAAUUUUCUAGUACAGCAAAGGAGAAACUUUUGUAGAUGAAAAAAAUCAUGUUUAGAGGUCUCUUGUUCUAUGUUUUCAUAUUACAGAGUGAAUUUGUAUUUAAGCAAAAAUUUAAAUUUUGGAAGCCUCUAAACGUUUUUGUAUCUUUAAUUGGUUUAUUAUUAAAUAAAUCAUGUAAAAAUUC